AUGGAUCCACUUUAUUUUUAGGUUGGCCAUAAUUAAUACAGCACCAGGUAAACCCAAUAUCUUAGCUUUUUAGGUUCACACAUAAAUACAAUUACACAUCCAUUAAUUUCGCUCACUCAGCCAUGGAGUUCUAUCUCAUAGUAUCAAUACUUGUUGCAACAAUCUUCUCUAUUCUUGUACACCGUUUAUUACUUCAUAUCCUCCACAGAAAGAGGGUAAAGAACCAAAAACCACCACAAGCAAAAGGGGCAUGGCCGAUAAUCGGACACUUAUACCUUUUAGGUGGGCCUGAUCUACCUCACAAGGUUUUAGGUGACAUGGCAGAAAAACAUGGCCCUAUUUUCACCAUUAAGCUUGGUGUUCAUCAAGCUUUGGUGGUAAGUGAUGCAGAGAUUGCUAAGGACUGCUUUACUACCAACGACAAGGCUUUUGCAAGUCGACCGAAAACGGAGGCAUCAAAAAUCAUGGCCUAUAAUUAUGCGGUGUUUGGCCUGGCUCCAUAUGGGGACUAUUGGCGAAAAGUGCGCAAGAUGGUCGUGUUGGAGGUUCUUUCUCAACGAAGAGUUGAGAUGCUUGGACAUACUCGAGCUUCAGAAGUUAGAGCAUCCGUUAAAGAGUUAUAUGAUGGGUGGGUAGCGAAUAAACUUACUGAAAGUUCAGAGUCACAGAUGGUAAAGGUGGAGAUGAGUCAAUGGUUUGGGAACUUGGUUUUAAACAUUAUGGUUAGGAUUGUUUCAGGAAAGAGGUUUUCGCCAAAUGAUGAAGAAGGGGUUCGAUUUCAGGCUGUUGCAAGGAAAUACUUUGAGUUGUUUGGGGCAUUUUUGGUUGCUGAUUUUAUACCUUAUCUCAACUGGUUGGAUGUGGGUGGAUACAAAAACAUGAUGAAGAAUACUGGGAAGGAUUUGGACAAUAUCUUUGAUCGAUGGUUAAAGGAGCACAAACAGGAGAGUAAGUCUAUACAGCAACAUGAAGCGAACCAAGACUUUAUGCAUGUGCUAAUUUCCAUUCUUCGAGGUGCUUCUAAAGAGGACUUCCUGGGUUUUGACCAUGAUACAAUUAUCAAAGCGACAAGUCUACAAGUCCUGGUAGCAGGCGUAGACACGACAUCGGUGACAUUAACGUGGGCUUUAACAUUGUUGCUCAACAACCCAAAAGCGUUAGAAACUGCCCAAGAUGAAAUUGAUGAGCAUGUUGGAAGGGACAGAUUGGUGGAGGAGUCAGACCUGAAGAACUUAGUCUACGUCGAUGCCAUCAUCAAAGAAACUUUGCGAUUAUACCCUGCUGGACCUCUCUCUGUUCCUCACGAGUCAGUGGAGAACUGCAUUGUGGGUGGCUACAACAUUCCAAAAGGAACUCGGCUAGUGGUAAAUCUUUGGAAGUUGCAACGUGACCCAAAUAUCUGGUUAGAUCCCAACGAAUUCAAGCCUGAGAGAUUCUUGACCAGUCACAAGGAUAUUGAUGUCAAGGGAAACCAUUAUGAAUUGCUUCCUUUUGGUAGUGGUAGAAGAAUGUGCCCUGGUGUUUUAUUUGCCCUUCAGGCUUUGGGUUUAACGCUAGCUAGUUUGAUACAACAGUUUGUGCUCAAGAAACCAUCAAACGAACCUGUUGAUAUGACUGAAAGCAUGGGUAUGACUAACGGCAAAGCAACACCACUUGACGUCCUUUUCGGCCCUCGUUUAUCCUCUAAUAUGUAUGAUAUUGGUCCAUGAUAUACCAAUUUCAAAGCGCCUACAAACCCACUCCAUUAUCAUUCUCUAUAAAGCCAUCAAUUAUGAUGGGGGCAAGCAAAAUAACCCAAUUUGGACAGCAAAUGUGGAACAUGAUCGAUCUUCAGUAUG